AUGUCAUUUGGAGUGUUCGAGCCCAACAAUCUAACUAAACAGAUGUCUAUAUCUGGACGUCAAGAUCAAUUAAAGUUUAAGUCUGGCUAUAAGAAUAAUGACUCAGGAUGUAUGGAUUGCAUUCGAUUGCAAAUAAAAGUGAAGAAACAAUAAUAAAUUAUUUAAUUACUUAAACAAGAAGUGUAAUAUCUUAGAUUUCAACUGUAAACAAAGCAACAACCUUAAUAGUAAUAAUAAUAAUAACAAUAGUAAUAAUAAUAGACAAUGAACUUCUUAAAUUUAUCAGAUAAUAACAAUCAGCAUCCACCACCACAUGAAGUGGAAUAAGAGGAUAUGUUGAAUAGAAUAGAAUACAUGAUGAAUGAAUUAACUAGAAUGAUGGAUGGUUUAGAUGCUCAAGGAAGUGUAACCAAUAAUUUGAAUGCUCAUCUGUCAAGUACACUUAUUGGAUAAGAUUACACUAGAGUAAUCUGCGAGAGAGAUGACAGGGCUAAUGAUUUCAUGAAUAUCUUGGGAGAGAAUAGCCAAAACAAUUAAUCAGAAUCCUCAGAAGAUGAAGCUAAAUCAUAAUGA